AUGGCGUGUGCUACACGUGGCUCCCACAGACUUUCUCAAUUUAAGUUGGAUGGUGACGGUCAUGUGCAUGCAAAUCAAGUUCACGGCCAUGUGCAUGCAAAUCAUGUUCAUCACAUGAUCGAAUUCCUUUACCUCUCCGGUUUCAAGAGCACUGAAACCGCCGUGACAGUGAGUUUCUUCUUAAAGAAGUUGAUGGAAUAUGAAUCAAUGGCGAGAGUGAGGACCGCAGAGAUCAUGGCGAUGAAGGUGGAAAAUGGAAACUUCCGCCACGGUGGUUCCAGUAGGCAGUCCGACAUAAGAUAUUCAAAGGAGUUGGACAUAACAUACAUGUAA